AUGAAUCUACCACAAACCGGCAAUAGUGUUGAAGAAAGUAAUGUUAGUUUGCUGAGAAACGAUAUACAAAUCUAUGAAAGUGAACAGUUUGAGAAAGAGCCGUCUCUCAUAAGCCUACCUUAUGAACCUGAAGCCGAAGUUGAUGAAAUAUUUGAUAUUGAUUCUUCUGAAGAAGAAAAUAAAGAAUCAGCAUUAAAAAUUUAUAAAAAUCAAACUUUUCAAAU